UUCAAAUCUUACAAUGUCAGUCUUCCGCUCCUCAGCCCACGCUCUCAUCACAGGCGGCGCAUCCGGCGUCGGCUACUCCGUUGCCCAACUCUGUCUGAAGCACUCAAUGCGUGUCUCCAUUGUUGAUUUCAACCAAUCUUCCCUCGAAAUUGCAGGCAUGAGCUUGAAAGGCGAGGUCAAACUCAUCAAAGCAGAUGUGUCUUCACGCCAAGACUGGGCAUCAAUUCGCGAACAAGUUGGCACAGAUGUCGACUUCCUUAUGCUCAAUGCCGGAAUAGGCGGAAGAGGAACAUGGGGUGACGAAGAUUACUUUGACAAGAUCUUGGCUACGAAUCUGGGUGGUGUGGUCAAUGGACUCAACGCAUAUGUUCCUUCGUUCAAAGAAAGAGACGGGAAAGGGCCAUCAGCGAUCGUGAUCACGGGCAGUAAACAGGGUAUUACGAACCCACCUGGUAACGCCGCAUACAAUGCUAGUAAGGCAGCUGUGAAGACUCUCGCUGAGCACCUGAGCUACGAUUUGAAAGAAACUAGUAUUGGUGUUCAUUUGUUGGUUCCGGGGUGGACGUUCACCGGCCUCUCCGGGAAUACACCCGGCUCCGACAAAGCAAAACCGGAAGGCGCAUGGUCAGCAGACCAAGUUGCAGACUAUAUGUACACCAAGAUGCAGGAUAAGAAGUUUUACAUCAUCUGUCCGGAUGGUCAAGUCACAGAGGAGACGGACAAGAAGCGUAUGUUGUGGAGCGUGGGAGAUAUCGUGAACGAAAGGCCGCCGUUAACGAGGUGGAGAGAUGAGUACAAGGAGGAGGCGGAAAAGUGGAUGAAAGAGCAGAAGGUGUAGUAGGUGGCUCUGAGGCGGCAGAACGUAUGAGUGCGUUUUCACGAGCAGAUCGUCGUCAGUCGGAAUGCAUAUCUGCUAAUAUGUCGCUCGACUGAAAAUUGAAAAAAACUAGAAAUGACUACCGUGACGGAUAGGAAAUGGGGUAUCAUAUGCUCCUUGACCCAAACGCCGAUGAUUGCAGAAGUAAAAUCGCUCAGAGGUCGGUGAAUCAUCCGUCGCGACAUAGCGUAUGAUCAAUCGGAAUCAUAGCCCAACAGAGCUUCAAGCAGAGCA